AGGCGUUUCACGAUGGCGUCAGCAAAUGCCACCUAUGGACAGAAGGAGUCCUCAGACCAGAACUUUGACUACAUGUUCAAGAUCUUGAUCAUUGGCAACAGCAGUGUGGGAAAGACCUCCUUUCUAUUCCGCUACGCUGAUGACUCAUUUACACCAGCCUUUGUCAGCACAGUGGGCAUCGACUUCAAGGUCAAGACCAUCUACAGGAAUGACAAGAGGAUAAAGCUGCAGAUUUGGGACACUGCUGGCCAGGAGCGCUAUAGAACAAUCACCACUGCCUAUUACAGGGGAGCCAUGGGCUUCAUUCUCAUGUACGACAUCACCAAUGAGGAGUCCUUUAAUGCUGUACAGGACUGGUCGACCCAGAUCAAGACCUACUCUUGGGACAACGCCCAGGUCCUGCUGGUGGGAAACAAGUGUGACAUGGACGAUGAGAGGGUGGUGGCUUCAGAGAGGGGCAGACAGCUGUCUGAACAGCUGGGCUUUGAGCACUUUGAGACGAGCGCCAAAGACAACAUUAAUGUGAAGCAGACCUUUGAGCGACUGGUGGACAUCAUCUGUGAACGGAUGUCGGAGAGCCUGGACAAUGCCGAUCCCUCGAUCACCGGAACAAAACAGGGGCCGCAGCUCAAUGAGCAGCCCCAGCGGUCCCAUCAGGACUGUGCUUGCUAAACACACAAACAAUCCAACACACACACACACAGUACAGACUCUCUCUCUCUCUCUCUC